AGUCGCCCACACGUCCCACUUCCUAUUCCUAAUUAUUUCACAACCUGUCCCAAAAAUAACAAUAAAUCUACAUCAUUCACCAAACAGAGGUUGGUUAAAUAUAUACAUAAAUAUCAUAUCACUAUUUCAUUUGUUAGACGUUAUACCCAUUCAUAACUUAUCUACGUAGUUCAAUCUACUACUUUACAUCAACUACAUUACCCUUUCCAUACAUUGUAAUCUCAGCACUACCAUUCAUGGUAUUCUAUAUAUAACACAAAUACAAUCCCAACCCAAAACCAAACCAUACUAGUAUAUUAUCAUUCAACAAGAUAAUAACUUCACAUAGUUUAACAUGGUACUAUCAACAUCAUCAGUGACACCAACUUUGGUUUCCCUACUACUACUGCUGGUACCUUCAGCGUCAACCGUACUAUCUAAUUCAAAUUUAAAUUCUCAUUCAACUUCAUCACCAGCAUCAUCUAUUCAUAAACUCAUCCCUAAAUUACUAUACUCAGUGGCAUCAAAUUAUCUUUCACCACGAUCGUUGAUCGAUGUCCAUAAUCAAAUUGACGAAUUCACUGAUCGUCAAGCUUUAGUUCAAAGAGUAUUAGCCACUAGUUCAUCAUGUGCUUCAAUUCUGUUAUGUGUAUGUGGAAUGUAUAUGUUUCUCAGUAUUGAUCCUAAAAGACUUAUAUUCCGUCAUCAAUUAAUCUUCUUUUUAUUAUUCUUUGAUUUAAUCAAAGCUAUCAUCUUAUUAUUAUAUCCUACACGUGUUUUAACUCAUUCUUCAUCUUAUUACAAUGAUAGGUUUUGUCAAGUUGUGGGAUUCUUUACCGCCACCGCUAUUGAAGGAGCUGAUAUUGCUAUCUUAUCAUUCGCAGUUCAUACUUAUUUAUUAAUCUUUAAACCAAAUUUAACCACCAGAGUUAAAAAUUCAUCUAGAAAUGAAGGUGGUUUAUAUAAAUUCAGAUUUUACGUCUACGGAUUAUCAAUCUUGAUCCCUGUUAUAUUGGCAAGUUUAGCAUUUGUCAAUGGAACAGGUUAUGUAUCAUUGGUUUGUUGGUGUUAUUUACCUGAAAGACCAUUAUGGUAUAGAUUUGUAUUAAGUUGGGUUCCAAGAUAUUGUAUAGUGAUUAUUAUCUUUACAUUUUAUGGAUUGAUUUAUUAUCAUGUUAUUAAAGAAUUUAGAACUUUAGGUGGGGUAUUCACUACUAUUCAUAAUUCAAAAGGUCAUAAUCUUCAUCCUAAUAUAAGCAAUGGUGAUAAAUUAGGAUUCUGGUCUUCUAUUCAAUAUUUCUUAAUAAAUUUAAGGGAUCGUUGUUUCGUGAAAUUGACUUUACCUGAUAGAUCAAGUCAAGAUGGAGAUAAUAAUGAAAAUGUUGAAGUUUUGAACGGAUCAGAAUUGAACGCUGGUAAUCGUUUAAAUGUCAAUAAUAAACCUGACGCUUCUGAAGAAGAUAAUGAAAUAGAUGAUGAGGAAGACGAUGAUGAAGAUGAUGUUGAUUUACGUCGAUUGCCAACUGCCACCCAAAUACAUUCCAAUGAUCAAGAAAAUUUAGUUGAUCCUGAAAUCCAUGCUGCCAAUCUAGCAAAUUUUAGAAAAAGACAACGUAUAAUUGAAAAACAAAUGAAAUCAAUUUUCAUUUAUCCAUUUGCAUAUAUUUUCGUAUGGGUAUUCCCCUUCAUCUUACAAGUCACUCAAGUCAAUUAUGAAGAACAUCAUGGACCUAUUUAUUGGAUCAAUUGUAUGGGAGCAUUCAUGCAACCAUUUAAUGGGUUUGUUGAUACAUUAGUAUUCUUUUAUCGUGAACGUCCUUGGCAAUAUACUAUUAUGAAGAAUUUUGAAAAGGAACAUAAAUCAAAAUUAGAUAAUUUUUUAAAUUUAAAUCAAGAAAAAUUCUUUUAUGGUACAGAUGAAUCAAUUACUACAAGUUCAAAAUUAGCAAAGAAUUCUUUAAGUGCAAGUAUGGCAUCUGAUCGAGAAUUCCCUACUUGGAGACAUGUAUUAAAUUGGUUAGGAUUACCUUUCUUUCAAUUACCAACUGAAGAAAAUAUAGAUAAAUUUCAAACCAAUUAUAUCACCAAAAAAAUCAAGACUAUCAAUGAGAACCAUAAUAACAAUCUUAACAACAACAACAACAGUCAUAGUAAUAAUAGCUUUAGACAAACCCCUCGGAGUGGUUCAUAUAAUAGUAAUUUCAAUGGUCAUAAUAGUAUCAAUGGCAAUCCAUUCAAUAGAGACAAUAGUAAUAGUAAUGGUAAUGCGGGCAUUACCAAUAAAAAGCCUCAUGAUUAUUCCAAUAUUUUAAGUGGAGAUCUUGGUGAAUCAGAAUUCACUAGUUCAUUAGGUAAUUUCACCUUAAAUUUUGAUGCCAAUAAGGACAAUAAUAAUAAUAAUAAUAAUAAUAAUAAUAAUAAUAAUAAUAAUAACAAUAACAAUCUUAGUGUUAAUAAUACUACUUUGAAGAAGAGAUCGAUCAAUUUACAUCCUCAUGAGGCCGAUUUGAAUUAUUUACAAAGAGAAUCGAUUAGUAAUGGUCGAAAACCAAGUGUGAUAUCAUCUACUAAUAAAUCAAGUAAAUCUGGUAAUGGAGAAGUUAAGAAGAAUUCUUCAACUUCAACUGCUUCAGGAUCUCCAUUCUCCAAUAGAAAAUCAACCUCACAUCAAUCAGUUUCAAUUCCAAAUGGAAAUGGCAAUACCAAUAGUGGUACAUCAAUUUCAUCUACUUCUAAUCUUGAUUAUUUCCUUGAUAAACCAUCACCCAAUGAAGAUGAUGAUAUUGGAGAUGAUGAUGAAAUUGAUUUCUUAGAAUUCUUAAAAAAGGGACCUCCAGUAUAAGAGUAGAAUAAUUUAUCCAAUAAGAGGCCUUUCGUUAUAUAUAUAUAUAUAUAUCUAUGUAGAGUCCGACAUGCGGACUAUGUAUAUCUUCUAUAAUAAUGUAAUAUAAAUUAAUUUAUAACCUAUUUAAAUCU